AUGCUGUCGUUGGCGCGCCGGCCGCUCUCCGCCGCCGUCCCCGCGGGCAACCUCCUCGGCAUCCAUCUCUUCCAGUGCCCCGUGCGUACCCUACCCUACCCUACCACCUCCAUUCCUCUGCCGCGCCCUCGCCGGCCUAAUCCAUUUCCAUUCCCGAUUGUUUCCCAAACGCAGGACGCCGUUGGCAUCGUCGCCAAGCUCUCGGAAUGCAUCGCCUCCCGCGGCGGCAACAUCCACAGCGUCGACGUCUUCGUCCCCGACGACAAGCCCGUCUUCUACUCCCGCAGUGAGUUCACCUACAACCCAAGGCUCUGGCCGCGUCAUGAGCUCCACAACGAUUUCCUCAAUCUCUCCCGCUGCUUCAAUGCACAAACAUCCACCGUACGAGUACCCGAUCUUGACCCCAAAUACAACAUCUCCAUCCUCGCAUCAAAGCAGGACCACUGCUUGUUCGAUUUGCUCCAUAGAUGGCAAGAAGGCAGGCUUCCAGUACACAUUAAUUGUGUCAUAAGCAACCAUGAUAGACCACAAGAUAAUCAUGUACGGCGUUUUCUCCAGAGGCAUGGAAUCCCAUACCACUACUUACCCACCGCACCUGCCAACAAAAGAGAGCAAGAGAUCUUGGAAUUGAUCCAGGGUACAGAUUUUGUUGUCCUGGCAAGAUACAUGCAGAUACUCUCAGAAAGCUUCUUAAAAGCAUAUGGUAAAGACAUUAUCAAUAUUCAUCAUGGCCUUCUUCCCUCGUUUAAGGGAGGGAAUCCUUCAAGACAGGCCUUCAAUGCUGGGGUGAAGUUAAUCGGGGCAACUAGCCAUUUCGUUACUCAGGAACUUGAUGCUGGGCCAAUCAUUGAACAGAUGGUUGAACGAGUUUCUCACCGAGACACGUUACAGAGUUUUGUUGUCAAGUCUGAGAACCUUGAGAGGCAGUGCCUAGCAGAGGCUAUCAAGUCAUACUGCGAGCUCCGUGUCCUACCAUAUGAACUGAAGAAGACUGUCGUGUUCUGA